AUGUCUUUUCAUGAUGUCUAUUAAAGGAAAGAUUAUCUGAAUAGAAAAUCAACUAUACUUAUACCAAAGAAAUCACGAUUUGAUAAGAAAUGCGAAGUGUUGUAGAAGCACUUAGAAAUAUAUAAAACAUUUAUAAAAACAUUGUUAGGAUUUGAGUUAGAGGAAGAGGAAGACCUCAAUUAUAAUUGCAUUCUAAUGAACUUCAAGAAGGAACUCAAAGAAACUAUGGAAAUAUUUCCUGACUGCGUGAUAAGGUUUCAUUAUCAAUCAUAAUUUUAAUUAGCUUAUUAAACCCAGACUAUAAAUAACAGAAUGAGAAUCAAAAUUAAUAUUUGGUUAAUACAAGCAUUGAAUUGUUUGAAUUACUAUAAUCAGGAUUGAGAAUCAAUUAGAAAUCAUUAGAGGAUCUAUUAUUAUUGAAAGCUAUUGAGUCAAUUUAUUUUAAUUUGCCUGUAUAUGAUCAUUAUUAUCACAAAAAAAAGGAAUCCACGGCUAUUUUUACUGAAGAUAAUCAAGAAUAAAGAAAGUUAAGGGAUAAAGAAAACCAAAAACAAAUUUUAUUAGCAGACAAAUCAGACAUCAGGUAUAAUCAAAUUGACAAAAAUGGUACUUUAACAUAAUUAGAUAGAAAUAAUUAAAAAUUACGUAUCUUAAUUAGAAAAAUAGUUUCAUAAUUUCCUUUAAUAAGAUAUACAUGCAAACAUAAUGGAUUGUUUAACAUUAAAUUUUAAGGAAUUGAAACAGACACCUUUAAGAAGAUGGAGAGGAGGUCAAUUUUUGGAGAAUCAAAAUGAUUUAUGGCUUAGAUCAAGUUCUCCUACUCAAGAUGUUUCUACCUUGAUUAGAAAUGCCUUGAUUAUCAAGCUGAAUAAAGUAGGUUUUAAUGUUCAAUCAUUUAUAUCUGAAGAUGGCCAAAAGAUCUUUGUAAUGCUUAAUAUGCAAGAUUCAAACCUUAAAAUAGUUGCUGAUUAAGGACAUGUAUUAAAAUAAUUGAAUUUUUGGUUUACAGAUUUGUUUUCCUUAGAACCUGUCGAUAAAUCAUUUAGACCAUUAAGAAUAAAUAAUAGACUUUGGAAACCUUAGGACUACGAGGUUUCAGAUUUGUUCUUGUAUUUAAAGCCUUAAAUGAUCAAACUAAUUCAAUAGAUAAAUUUUAAAAGAAUAGCUAGAGAGACAAAUCAGAGUUCAAUUAAUUCGUAAUUAUUUGAAUAUGGAAAAUUGGAUUUUAGUGAGAAAGACGAUGGUCCAACUGAUGAAGAAUGGAUAGCAUAUCAUAAAUACUUGACUCAUUUAGAAAAAUGUAUUAGACAAUUCAGAUAGAGUUAGUUGAUAGAUAAUGAGUUAGCUGCUUUACUCAAUAAAUAAAUAACUCCUCUGUAAAUUUACUAGAAACGAAAUUAAUCCAAUAAAGAAAUUAAAAAUUUGAAUUACUAAAAUUUGAAUGAACCUAGGAAUUAUGAGCAUCUGGAAAUUAUUAAUCAAAUUGAGAAAUAAGCUGAAAGAGUUAUGGAUGAAUUUUCUAAUUUUUAAUUUUCAUUACAAAUCCCAAAAGUAAAGGCACUAAAAUUAUUGAAAAAAGAAUCAGUUUCUUUGAAUUAUCUCUACUCAUUUUAAGAGGCUCUUAGAGUUGCAAAUGGCGAGUAAAUUAAAUUAUACAACUUAUGGGAAAGAUCAGAAAUGCCUCCAUUCGAUAUGUAUCACCCUUAUCAAAUGCCUAACAAGUAAAAUACAAAGACUUAAUAAGCAAAAUAAGAAUUGAGUUGGACAAAAUAUGUGAAGAAUGAAAACAAUGAGAUAUCAUUAUUCUCAUCUUAAGAGAGAUUAAAAUUAGUUUAUCAAAAAGUCUUUCAAGAAAUAGAUCUUAGUAUUAUGCAUUAAUUAGGUAUCAUUAGAUAAAUAUUUUGUUUAAAUGAUAAUUAUGAAUUAUUUGGGUAGUGUAGUAACAUAUAGGCUUAGAUAACUUUGGAUACAAGAUUUUUUAAGAAGAAGUCAUUCUAAUUGAUAGAUGAGUGGAAACUUGAUUAUUUGAGACCAUGGAUUAGUCCUUGUGAUUUAAUUUGUGGAUAUUACGGAGAAAAGAUUGGUCUCUAUUUUUAUUUCAUGAGCUAUUUUACUGAAAUGACAACUCCCAUAGCUAUAUCAGGUCUCGCUUGUAGUUUGAUUUAAUGGAUAAUCUGGGAUAAUGAGAGUGACUUGUAUAUAUUGAUUACUAUGAUAUUUGCCUUUGUUUAAAUUUAAUGGAGCAAUGUCUUUACAGAUUUAUGGAAAUAAAAACAAAUCUAUUUUAAUUUAAAAUAUGGUUAAAACAAUUAAGAUUAAUAAUAAGUUUAAAGGUCAAAAUUUAAAGGCAAACAUAUAAGAUCUUUAGUAAAUGACUAAUUAAACUCAAUUGAAGUAUUAUUUGGUGAGUAUUUGAAAAGAACCUUGAUUAGCUCUAUGUUACUGUUCAUUUUUAUCUUAUUUUAUAUUGGUAUCAUAGUCUCCUUAUUCGUAUUUACUGUCUAUAUGCACAACAAAUACUCAGAGGAACUUAAAUAAUUGGAUGUUGCUACAAUAGAAGUCACAUCUGCUGCAGCUAUGAAUUUUAUUGCUUAAUUGCUUUUUGAUGUUAUCUUUGAUAAAAUUUCUAGUUAAUUAACUGAAUAUGAGAAUUACAAAACUGUUGAUGCAUAUGAAACAAGCUUUGUAUUAAAAAAGUUUAUUUUUUAAUUUUUCUCAUAUAUAGCUCCGCUUUUAUUUUUAGAAUACUUGAAUCAACCAUUAAAUUUGUAUUGUUCAGUGACAAACUGUGAAAGACAUGUUAAGUAUUACUUUUCAACUAUAGUAAUUUUAAUAUUGUUUAAGUAAAUAGUGAAAUUUGGUAUUUUUUUAUUUAAAUUAACAAAAAUUAAAAUAAAAUGUUAUGAUUACAAUGAAAAUGAAAUUAUGGAUUUUGUUGAAGAGUAAUCAUCAAGGUAACCUUACUCUGAUGAUUUCGAGAGAUAUGGCACAAUGUAGGAUUAUAUGGAAUUAUUUGUAUUGAUAUCCUUUUUAAGUAUUUUUGGAUAUACAUUUCCAUUUAGCUUUUUCAUUUUAUGGAUUUCAAAUAUAAUGUAAAUUUAGGUCAAAAAAAACACAUUCCUUUAUUACAUAUAAAGGCCAUGGCCUAAAAAUGAAUUUUCUUUAGGAAUCUGGAAUAAUUUUCUUGAGGUUAUCAGUUUACUUUGUUUGUUAACAAAUACUGGUGUUAUUACAAUCUAAUAUAAUAAAAAAUAUGGCUACGAAAUUAUUUUAGUGUUUCUGUCUAUUUUAAUAUUUAAUUGCUUUGGAAAGUUCUUUAUUGGAGUAAUAUUUGGAUAAAUACCAGAUGCUUUAAGUGAUUUAAUGAAGAGACAUAAAUAUUUGAUAAAAGCAACUAUUCAGAAUAAAAUUAAAGAAGGAAAAUCUCAAGAGAAUAAAGAAGCUUUAAAAAGAUUUCCUAUUUUAAAAGUGUAUGGCACAUUAAACUCUGCAGAAUCAGGAAAAUUUGAAACAAUAAGUUCUGAUGAUGAACUACAUGAUCAUUAUGAAAUCCCAGAAGUCAAACAAAAAUUAAACCUUAUCAAAGUUGAAUUAUAUACUAAAAAUUUAGAUAAAUAGUAUUUAGGUGAAUUUUAAUUUACUAAAAUUCUUGAGUAUUUUAGUUAAAGGGAAUAGAAUUGGGCUUUCAGAUGUGUAUUUAAGAAUUAAACCGAAAAAUAAAAGCUUAGAUUACUAUUAAAAAUUUAUUCCUUAUUGUACAAAGCAUAAGUCUUAACAAAAUAUAGAUAACUUUGGACAGAUAGGAGAGUAUCUCAAAGAUUUGUUCACAUGAGAAGGAAGAUAAUUUAAUUAAGAAAUCUAGAUUAUAGAAGGUAUUUGAUAUUCUCCUCAAAACUCAAUUAAAUGAGAACAUAUUAUGAUGAAAAAGCUCAGCAAAGAUUUAGAAAGGAUUUUCAAUUAAUUGGGUAAUAGAAGGAUGAAAAUGGAGAUGAAAAUAUGGAAUAUACAAAUUUAGUUAAGAAAUAACAGAAAUAUGUUGAGAAACAUGCUUGGUUAAAUACAAGAAAAGUGGUUAUGUUUAAAUUAAAAGCAAUGACUUUUAAAGGAUUUAGAAAGCAAGUUAUUAAAAAACCAUCUUUAUAAUUAAUUUAAGAGUUCUAUAAAAUCACUUAAAUUAUCGAAGAUCUCGAACCAGAAAAUCCUUUGUAACCAUAAUUAGAUUCUUAAAUUGAUUAUUCCAUGCUAGAUAAAACACAAUUCAUCGAGUUUAUUGAAAUCUUUGAUCGUAUAGAAUUAAAGUAAUUAUAAAAUGUUAAAUUUAAGAUAAAAAGCUUAAUGGUUUCUGCCUCUUAGUUCUAAAAGAAAUAAUUCAUCAAAUUAUUAUAUUGAAGAAAUGAAAUCCGCUGAAUACAAAAAUAUAGUUGACUAAUGCAAGGAUUCUUCCAUUUUCCAGAGAACAACAAUUUUUCUUGAAGAUAUUAUACUCUCCUAUUUCUAAAUAGAAUAAUUCCCUAUUCCAUAAAUCUAAUUCAUCAAGUAUAUGCACGACAAUAUCUGGAUAGUCAAACUAGGAUAAUCGGAUGUAAUUUCCUUGUUGCAGUUCUUCUAAAUAAAACACGGAGAAUAGAUUCACCUUCAAAAGUAUACAGAUAAUCAUGAAGGUAUAUUAUAUACUGAAAGUAAGACCUAUUAUAGAAUGGUCAAUCUUGUGGAUCAGAUAGACGACUUUUAUAUUAAAGGUUAUUGUAUUUGUAUUUAUAAUGCUUUCGAACCUCGAAGUUUUUUGCAAGUAUUAAAAUAUCGAAAAACCUAUGGAAUACCUUAUUCAGAGGCAGAAAUAAAAUAAUUUCUCCAUGCUGCCCUAAAUCUAUUAAAAGUUGCUGAUUUUAAAAGCCUGUCUAGUCGAAAUAUUUUCUUAAUCAGAGGAGAAUAUCACAUUUUAAAUUCAAUGACAAAGACUCAUUCUUUUUUUGAAUUGGGGAAAAUUGUUUUAUCAAUGAUAUAUUUAGAAGAUAUAGAUGACAUAAAACCAUAUUUUGAAAAAUUGUAACAUCCUUUGAAAUGGCUAAUUAAUGAAUUAUUAUUUUUAGAAGAUAAUCUUCAAAAACUUCAAGAUUUUAUUCAAAAGUAAUACUGUUUUACUGACAUUAAAUUUGAAAUUGAACAAUAAUAAAAACACCAGUCAACCUAAGGAUUAACUUACUAAGCAUUUACAUGGUCAAUGUUUCACAAAGUAAAUUUAAAUUUUAGAAUGAAACAAUUUAACGAUACUUUGCAUUUAACUUAAGAAUUUGAAGAUUAUAUUAGAAAAGAGGUCUUUGAAAUUAAUGUUAACACUUUUUCUUAUUUUUGUGUCCACUUAAUCGAAGAUUUAAAUUCAUAUUUGUUAUCAUCACAUUCUCUGAAAAGAAAUCUGGACUUGAUAUUAAUAUAUUAUUAUUAGAUAGCAACAAAGCUUCAAUUAAAAUAUGAUGUAUCUAAAUAACUAAAUUAUAUUAUCGAAAAUUUAAAAUAGCUAUCAUUUGAAUUAAAAAUCAUUAUAAAGUAACUGACUUCAAAUAUCAAUGUUGCGAAUUUAAAUCAAACAGAAUAAUGUAUAAUUCUUAAAACGAUAUAGGGUGAAACAGAUCAAUUUUCAUAAUUAUUAUCUAAGUCAAGAUAAUCCUUACUUUAAUAAUUAAGAAAAAAUCUUAAUCUUAUAGACAAUAUAUUGGUGUUUGAAUAACAAGUUAAUCGAUUUCUAAAUUAAUUUUAUGCACUAUUUACUUUGCAAUAAUAUUUUUAAGAGCGCUACGAAUUUGCCAAAUUAACGAUUUCUACUGUAAUUGAAACUUAACAAAAACUAAUGCAUAAACAAAAGUUACCUGAAAUUUUAAGUGAAGCCUAAGAAUUAAGUCCAAGUCAAUUUAACUUUGAUUAAUUAAGUCCUGGAAUGGAAAGGGAAGAAUAAGAAAUAAUUCAGGAGGAAAUAUGGGUUUUUAGUAUACAUUAAGAAAUAAAAUAAAAUCCUUUAUAUGCUAUAUAGUAUAUGUAUUAUCUCUACUUACAAGUAAUUAUACUACAUGAUUGUAAAAAUGAAUUAUUUCUCAUAAAAUAACAGGAGUUUAUUGAUUACAAUUUUAAGGAUAUUCCAGCAUACACUUAUUUCCAGUAAUUGAUUUCAUCCUUAAAAAUUGAUUUUGAAAUCAAUUCAAAGAAUCAACAAUUUUAUGAGGAAGAAUCUAAAUGUGAACUUGGAUAAUACAAUGUUUUAUGGAUUAGAGCGAAAAUUGAAAAUAAAUAAUAUGAAUAAUCAUAACUUGAAGAAUCAACUAAUUUAGAGUUUAAUUGGAGACAAAUAUUUUCAUAUAAUGAUUUAAAAUGUAGUGCUAAAAACAAAAGAGUUCUGCUUUAUAUCUUGAAUCAACCUUCAACUAAUGAAUAAAUGAAAAUUCUUUUGAAUAUCAAAGUCAUUCAUUUUCUUCUAAAAUUGUAUGAUUAUUGUCCCACUAAUUAGAAGUUAAGAAUAAAUAUCUUGAACAAAGAAUCAUUAGGGGAACACAACUUAGAAAACUAAUCAAAAAUCUUAUAAUUACAAUAAUUGCACAAGAAAUAUGCUUUAGGAGUAAGGACAGAUUAUUUCCCUAACUAAAACAAUGAAAACUCACCAUGGUUAUUUCAUUAAGGGCUUUUAUCUUUAAGAAUCUUUAUCUAUUAGUCUUAUUGUUAUACUUUUUCUAAAAGACACUUUGAAAAUCUCACAUCUUAUAUAAAUUACAAGGAAGAUAUAUUCACCUAAAUUUCACAGUUAAUGAUAUAAGGGGACUCAAUCUUCUCUAAAGCAAAGAAUUAUUAGAUCCUUCAAAUACCUAUUGACAAUAUGUUAAUUAAUAUUCAAUCUGAUUAUUUUAGAUAUCAUUAAUAUUUUUUGACUCAAACUAGAAUAAUGUUACAAUAAAAAAAGAAACUAAUGGAUAUCUAUAAAGGUUUCGAGCAAUACAUGAACGAAAUGUUCAAAAACUCAGUAUUCAUUUUGGGGUUAAUAUAAAUAUACUACGAAUUCGAAGAAAUAGAUAUGGCGAAUUUAAUGAUUUCUUUUACUAAGAAAUUAAUAGAAAAUAAUGCUAUCAUUUUAAAUGAUUAACAUGAAGGAUUUUUAAAAGAUUUACAGAUAGUAGAAGCUGUUAUCAAAUAAAAAAGCUAAUAGCUCAUUAAAAGUCCAUUUAAUAAACUCUACCAUAGAAAUGACUUCAUAGAGUAUUUUGAUGAUGAAACCUUAAAUGCAAGAUAUUUUCUUUUCAAUCUACCUUAUUACUUUAAUAUUAAAUUUUCGCAAUCUAUUAUGGAUGACUUCUUAGUUGUCAACAUUUAAAAACUGUCUCCAACUUUACAAUAAAUGUUUAAAACUGCUAAUUGUUCUGUCAAAGCAGAAUGUGGAGAUGAGGAAAUCUUAGCCUAAUUAAAGAUGUAUAAAUAAAUAUAUUAGUAGAGUAUCAGAAUAUAAAUUUACUGAAGGAUGUUUAACAUGGGCCUUUCAUAUUCAUUUCAUGUGUAGGUACUAUAUAUACAUGAUAGAUAUGGAAAAGGCAUAUGAUUAUUCAAUUUUAUUACUGUCUUAUUUAUUUUAACUUGAUCUUCAACAAGGUUUUUAUAUAAAGGAGAAUAAAAAUGGAUAUAAAUAUCAAUUUGUAAUAUUCAUAAUUUAAAAUUAGACAUGUGUUUAGUCAGAGAAGAAUAUUAUCAAAUAGAUUUGCUAGCCUAAACCCAUUCAAAUCACAGAGUCAAUUGAAGAUGAUCUUUUUGAUAAUGUGAUUGAUGAAUUCUUUAUUAUGGAAUGCAUAAUAAAUCAUCUAGAGAUUCUAUCGAAAAGCAAAUUUUAAAUUCCCUCUCUAAGUAUUUUACUUUAAUUUCAACUGAAAUUAUAAAAUCAAAGACACAAAAUAUAAUUCUGGAAUGUUCUCGCCCAUUUUUUACAAAGAAUAGCAAAGGAGAAUUUAAUUCCUGAUAUAUUAUCACAGAUUUAGGAAGUCAAAAAGGAGCGACUUUAGGAAUUGAAGGAAAUUAAGAAAUAAAUUAAAAAGAAAAGAAAUGCAAAAAUAUUAUUAAGAGAAAUUACAUAAUAAGAAUUUGAAGAAUUUGAUUAUCAAAAUAAUCUAAUUAUGUUUUAGUUUAACAUCUACAAAUUAGAUGAAAAUUCAAACGAUAAAUUAUUAAUACUGUUCUCCUGUUAAGCUGCGGAUAGAGCAUUAACAGGAUAUUCAAAUUAGUGUAGAGAUAAAACAAAAACAAACAAAUAUCAAAUGAGUUAAUUGAAACUGUUGUUAGUAUAGAACUAUAUAUGGUUAAAUCAAAUUGGAAAUGCUACAACAACAUUAAGUGAUGCUGAGGAUUUAAUGGUAGAAUGGUUUGGUAAGAUCAAGCAUCCAUUAAAGGGCCUCUAUUUUUAUAAUUUUGGAUUAAUUAAGAUUUCAUUUUAUCAACAAAUUCUUAGGAUAUUGGAAAUAUUUAUUGAAGCAAAUGCAUUUAAUUUAAUGGAAAUGAAAUUAAUCAUAUAAGGAUUAACUGUUAUGAAACCUUUAUUAUGGAGACAUAUAGAUAUGUUUAAUGCAGGCUAAAUAUAAAGUUUGAUUCCUUUUUUUAAAAAUUACAUGUUGGAAGUUGGAGAUGAAUCUACUUUUGACUGUCCAAAAACAUAUUAUUCAGUGAAUGAUGCUGUGAUAAUUUUAGAUGGAGUUUUGUAAAGUAAUAUGGCAUAUGAUUUAUCAGGAAUAACUGAAUUUAUUGAUGUAAUGUUUAUUUGUUCUUAUAUAUUAGGCUGAAAACUGUUUUAAAUUGUUCGACACGGAUAGCUUCCUAACCAAAGAGAUAUCAAGUUUGAUCUUCAAAAUUUAGAAUGAGAAAUUGAAAAAAUAGGGGACUUGA